GUAACAUCUUCCUUAGAUAAUACCUUUACUGAAGGGAAUUUCCUUCAUUUGAACGCGCUCAACUCACCCCUUGAUCCCUAGCAACCUCACAUUCCAGUCGAAAACAACCUCGCCCUUCCCCUUGAUGAAGACAGUAGAUAUGUGCUCAUCGCCAAAGCAAAACAAAACACAAGACAUCCAAGCAUUCCUAACCCUCGCCAUAGGAAACCACAGCCAAUAAUAUCCCCAGCGAUGAACCAGGAUAACCGUAUCGAGAUGCUCAGCAAUUCUCAUCUCAACAAAACCCUUGCAUCGUCUCCCAUCGCAUCCUGGUAUAAGUAGAGAGGUAGUCGCGCGCACACCCAUCCGCCUGCUCAACGAUAAUACCAUCCUUCUCCUGAAUACUAGACUACUGUCCUAGAUACCCAUAAAGCAUCUCGUCCAAACCAGAUCAAACCAUCCACAAUGCAAUUCAAUCUUUCCACAAUCUGCCUCGCGGCCGCGACGCUCUUCGCCUCGCACAUCCUCGCAGCUCCCGCUCCCGCGCCGGUCCCAAACCCAGUCUUCUACGGCGGACCCAGCGGUCACGACGCAGGCAAUUCGGUCUGCUUCAAGAGCUACUUCUACGGCGCUGCAUCGUGUCCUGGCCGAGCAUACGAGGAUGGGACAUGCUGCAUCUCAGACGAGAUCGAACUCAAAGUACCAGAGCCCAAAGCGAAACCCGCAUCCACGGGUGACGGUGACGCCGAGUGAUUUCGACCUGCCCGGUCUUCGAGCUUGUUGAUAUUGUAUUCUUUCUUCCUUUUUUUCUUCCUGGAUAUAGCGUCAUUCUCAACCUUGUUUCACUCUCAACUUUGGUGACUUAUCUGAUUUGUGAUGUCCGGGGCCAUGAAAUACGGUGCUGGUGCCUUUCGAGCGGCUUGCCCUUGUUUCUUAUUUCAGUAUAGUUAGAUGAUAUCCUGCUUGUAAGCGGAAUCACUGGCUUGGAGCUGCAGAUACUAUAGUAUUGUCGAGUAUGACUGGAGCUGGCCACCUAGCUCACUUAUGUACUCCGUACCUGUGUGGCAAUAGCAUUGCGACUGAUAC